AUGUCGCUUCGGAAGGACACCCUGAAUUCUCUUGUUCCCUUUCCAAUUGCGUCUGGACACAUUGUCGAACUCUGCGUUGAAAUUCCAUGGCCAACUUCUAACAGUCCACUGAUCAUACGCUCUCAGGGGGUUAAAGUAAUACUAGAUGAUUACAGUUUAAGUGUCCCUCUUAGAGACAUGAGCAUGGAAGAUAUACGGCUUAGUAUCAAUGAAGAGAGCAUUCUUGGGGUAACUCUGUCUGCGUCAGGGGUUGACGGUGAGAAUCAUGAAGAAGAGGCAGCGUCUGCAGCAAUAGAACCUGCCGAAUGCAUUUCGGAGUUCGGGAGCUCAUUGACCCACUCGGAAGGUGAUGACGAGGAUUAUAUGUCCUGUCGUAGUGAAGGUAAUAGCUCAUUUGUGUCGUGUGAGUCUCUAGAUGAUGUGGCACUCCUUCCACGGGAUGGUGGGGGCGUGUUUUCAUUCCUUCGCAGCGCUGCUAGCAAUUCUGUAAUGUGGAUAAUGAAUCGUCCUAUUCAAGUCCACACCAUGGAUGUCGCUCUCGUUUUGCGAUGUGACUCUGGAAAUGAUGCACGAUUUGAGGUUGUAGCAAAGGAAUUGCGAGUGCAGGUGGAACCCUUGCAAGAGAUUAAUGCGGAGAAGAUGAAGGUGGUGAAUAUCACAUUCAGUGGUGUCUCAUUGAAUGCCUGCACAGACACACAAGAAAGUAAAGUGACGACAGUGGAUAGUCUUAGUGUGCGCAUCACUUCUGUCUACAAUUCCAGUGGUGUUUUGUGUCGUAAGAAUGUUGCGGUGUCUUUUGAUGGUGCCGCUUGGAUGUUCUCUGAUGAGGAUACACUAACAGCCAUCACGCACUGUCUCGUAAGUCGUCAAGAGAUGAUGAACGUUCCUGACUUCUGCCGCCCGUAUUCUGAUCUCCGCCGGCUAAAGUCGCGGUGGCCGUACACCAUGAAUUGCGUUCUUGCUUUCAUCCGAGACAGAAGGAGGCGCUAUAAUUUUAAUCCGUCGCAUUUGAAUUUCUACGCGGAGGCGCGCAAAACUUAUAUUGGACUGCUGUACUAUUGCCACCGCACGGGGGAUGUUGUGGAGAAGAGGGACAGCCUUGCUGAAGUCGAGAGAGAGAUUCGCUAUCGUGACGUGGUAAUGUACUUGCGGCAAACUGUCCAAGAGAGAUAUUCUGCUGCGUCACCCACUGGAGGUGGCACACCAGAUGCUGAUGGGCCUUCGCACCAGUCUGAGGAAGCUGUGGCAGUGGCUUCGUCCGUACAUGUGAACCUGAAAGUCAUUUGCCUGUUCCUUCCCUCGAAUACAAAGGUGUGGAUUCGUGAUGUGGCCUUUGUCAGUCGAAUUGAUGAGAUGGAACUUUCGGUGGGUAGUGUGAGGCUUGACCCCGAUGUGGCACCCCAAUCUCUUCACUUGGCGUGCGGCAGGGAACCUUUACUAUGUGUCCAGCGCACUGAACAGAACGGCAUGGUUUUUGUGAAGGUUAAACUGGAUGAUGUAAACCUCACCGUGAGGUCUGGAUUUCUACUUGGGGUUCUUGCUCCGAUUGCAACUGCUGUGCCGAGGAUUCUGCAAGUGAUGCCACCAAAGCGAAAUGUAUCACAGUCUGCUCCCACAAGUCGUGCCCAAACCUUUAGUCUCGUUCUCCCACUUGUGCAGUUGCGUUUUGACGACUUGGUGAUUCGCUGGGAAAGACUCUCACUGACGGUGAUUGAAAGAGGUUAUAACAACCCGCGCAUAGGUUUUUUGCUAAAAGAAUUCUCUAUAUGCUUUGGGACGAGGGAGGUGAUUGUGCCUCCUGUGAAGGUUGAAAUGACGGACACUGACAAUGUGGUUGUUUCUUUGAUAGUUGUCAAUGUGACUAAUACGCUGUGGGAAUAUUUUUGCCGUCUUGUAAGAGAAUGGAAUGAGAUUAUUUUAGCUGUUCGCGGUUUUUCUUAUUCAAAAUCUAACAAGGGGACAUCGCUGGGGGUCAUGGGUGUGUGUGCUUCUUUGAAAGAAGUACGUGAGGUGACUGAGAUGAAGAGUGACCGUGGGGCUGUGCUGAAAUCACAGCGGCUGAGUUUUCGUGGUGUGGAAUGCAAGUUUUGUCCUCUGAAACUACGGAUGAUGUUGGGUCACAUUAGCGUUGCUCAUGACACGAUGAGGCGAGGUGGGGCGGCAUUUCGAACAAGAGUUACUUCAUUUACCUUAUUUACCGAUUAUCUCAAUGACACCUUGUUUACAGUGACUUUUGCGAAUGGAAUUGAGUGUAUAGCAGCAAGAGAGCACUAUCCUGGUACAUCACGUAUUCUGGUGAAUAUUAAAGCGAUUGAGGCCUCGUGGAAGGUUGCAUCACCGCAGACGUUAGUGCAUCUUUCUGAUGUUCAGAUCGCUGUUUGCGGUAAUACUACUUUGUGUUCAGCAAAGAGUGCUCGACUCUUGGAGGCAGUGGAGUUUGUUUCACUGAAAGCGCUUUACUGUGCAGUUGCUUUUUCGGUUCGAACGACUAUGCGGCCAUACAUUGCUUCUUCAUUACAAAUCAGCGGAAAUCUUGUGCGUGUAUGCAUUGACCGAAUUUGGUGUCUGGAAUUGGAGGCGCUGACGAUGCUGAUGAGGGACUACGCCACUUUUUUGGUAAACCAAGUGGUUCCUGUCUAUGCGUACCGUCUUUUCUAUAGUGGUUUCAGCAACAUUGCUGUGUCACUAUGCGCUGCAUCUUGUGCAGUGACCUUUGGGGAUAUCGAUGACUUGGCUUUCCAGAUAGGCAUGCCAUCUCGUGAGGUUGCAGGAGGUUCACCACCCCUUGAAUUUGGAGUGGUGCUUCCGGAGCUGCGUGAAUCAUCCCCCUUGACCGUGAUGAAUGCUUGCGAUAGACUUUCGGUUGUAAUUAGUAUGCCAGUUCUUUAUCUGGAGAUGUUUCACUGUCGCUUCCCAUCGAUUAGCAUCCGGGCAACUUUGCGUUCCUUUACAGGUACACUCCCGAUGAACAUACAGGAUUUCUGGGAUCCAGCUCUGCGCAUGAGGGAACCAGUUCCAGUGGAAAUGAGUUUUGAUUCUAUUAUACUGGAUAGUCACGGCAUUGCCUCGCUUGAGUUUGAUACUGUUACGUAUAACCAGAGUAGUGUAUCAUUUUAUGGAGAGGGCAGCACGAAUUUUAGUGAUAGUGAGGGUGGAAGUGAUGUGUCAUCUCUGGUAGGCGAAGAGUUGCGUCGUACAGAGGUUAGGAGCUGGAGCCUUCGUGCUAAUGCAUCUCCAGGAGCUGCAAUUAUACGCGAUGUGUUGGGGUUGUGGGGGAAGCUGAGGUAUGCGUUCAAUACGCUCUAUAAGAAACACCUAAUCAUAUCUGCUUCAGUUCAAAGCAGUCAGUACGACUUGGACAUUACGGGUCCGUGGUUCUUUGAUUGCCCAGACAAAGUUGUUGUCGUAGAGGAUUGCACAUUUUUCUUCGGUGGUGGAGCUGGCGGUGGCGAUAUCGGUGCUCGCAUGGUGGUGUGUAGAGGGACCCAUGUAUACUUCCACCGCUGCCGUUUUUUAUCGCCAUUGCAGAGCUUAAUUGCUGUCGAAGAUGAGAGUGCUACUUUUGUUUGCAAAGAUUGCGAGGAGGUUGCCACAUGCGUUAACGACAGUGAUUCUGUUACUCGAUCCGAAUCUAAAAAAGUUACCUUUUACAGACUUCGUCUAGCACUUCAACGAGGGGGCAUAGAAGUGUCGUUGGCGCACCACCGUAAGCUCACGUUCGCAAUCUCGGCCGUGGAUGCAUAUUUAUCCGCCACCUCCCGUAAAUCUGUGGUUCAGGUGCGUGUGCAGCGGUGGCGGGGUGAGUAUGUCGAUGAAGGCGUAACACACUGUAUUCUUUCUCGAGUGGAUGUUGACGUGGACUGGGGGGUCAAACAGAUUGAACGGUCCGCAUCACUUAAUGCGGCAGUGCGAACCGAUACCGUGAGCGUCCCUCUUUCUCUUGCAGUCACGCUUCGUCAGCUUGUGGAAGAGUGGGGAAGAAGAAAAGAUGGUUCGGUUGUCUCAAAACGGAGGUACACGCUACUGCAGCAGCAUAACGGGUUACCGUUUUCACAGUGGAGGGGACUCCUCACCAUAUCCACUAUUCCCACUGAGCUCUGUCUUCAAGGUGGAAUUCCUUUCGCGAAGGCCAUUGUAGCUAAUGCCAUCAUCUGGUCAAAGCAAGAUGUGAAUGAAGACGCUAUAGUAGAAGCCCGAAUUGGCAUACAGGAGUUGUCACUGUGGGAAUUUUCGUCACAGGCGUAUAUCCCAUUCCUGCAAAAACCUCUCUCAUUGGUGGCAGUGGCGCGAACCGCAGACUUCGCCAAUGUGAAGUGUGAUGUAUCACUGUCCUCAUGGGAGUUUUCAG